AUGCAAUUAUUGGAAAAUACAGAAUUGGGAAAUCAAACCAAUAUCACUGAAUUUAUUCUUCUGGGAUUUGGGGAGCACCAGCUACUGCAAAUUCUUCUUUUUGUUUUCUUUCUCCUCAUUUAUGUUGCCACGAUGGCUGGGAACAUUCUUAUCAUUCUACUAAUUUCCUCUGAUCGACACCUUCACAUCCCCAUGUACUUUUUCCUCGGGAACCUCUCCUGCUUGGAAACCUGCUGCAGCUCAAAUAUCUUGCCAAAAAUGUUAUGGAGCUUCCUUACAGGAAAUAAGAUGAUUUCAGUUCAAGCAUGCUUUGUUCAAAAUUAUUUCUUUGGUUCUUUGGGAGCUGUGGAAUGCUACCUCUUAUCUGCAAUGUCUUAUGAUCGAUAUUUAGCUAUAUGUAAGCCACUACAUUAUGUCACCAUGAUGAAUGGCAAGCUAUGUCUCCAUUUGAUAGCUGGUUCUUGGAUUAAUGGUUUUGUGGCAAGUAGUGUGGCAAUAACCUUAAUGUCCAAUUUAGUUUUCUGUGGCAGCAAUGAAAUUGACCAUUUCUUUUGUGACACCUUUCCAAUAAUAGAACUAGCUUGCAGUGACACUCGAAUAUUAAAACUGAUUAUGUUUAUUGUGUGUUCUAUAUUGACUAUUCCCCCAUUUAUAUUGACUUUAACUUCAUACAUUUUCAUCAUUGAAGCCAUAACAAAAAUUCCUUCUACCAUGGGGAAGCAAAAAGCAUUUUCCACCUGUUCUUCUCAUCUCCUGAUGGUUACAGUUUUUUAUGGUACGCUGAUGGGUGUCUAUGUGGUACCAAACACCAACAGGCUCAACAGUCUUCACAAAGUCUUCUCCAUCUUUUAUACCAUCCUCACCCCCAUGCUCAAUCCCAUCAUAUACAGUCUGAGAAACAAAGAGGUAAAGGAUUCCUUGAGAAGACUUACCUCAUUUCUAUAUGCUCAAACUCAGAGGAAAAAUCUGACCUAG